UAUGCCCCACCCGCGGCCAAGCAAGCUUAAGGCGCGGGAGGGCAGUUUGAAAGACCCCAUGAAUGAGCCAGACUUGCUGAGGCUGGCUGGUUUGCCGGCCCAUCCAUGUGAGGGGGUGGAGCAACAAGUGGGAGGAGACUCCUCUGUCCCCCUCUUUCAGUUUCUUCCUGACUGCGUGAGAAGAGGUUGUCCUGAAGCAGGCAGCUGCUGAUCUGCCCUCCUUCAGGCCUGACGAAGCUUCCUCCCUCUUUCCAGGCUGUGUAGUAUGUCUUCCAGGAAGGGACAGGGAGGACCGAAGGGUAAAGGGCCUGCCAGGAGGGCCCUGCCCCAACAGCCUCUUCCACAGGAGACUACACUUGAGGAGGACACGGCUAACAGUGAGGGGGCCCCUACAUUACCAUCAGUGGGGGAAUUCGAAAGGAGGCCUGGUAUCCCUCCUCAGGCUUUGAGCCAGGCUUCAGAUUUAACAUCGGCAGAAGCAUUUAACAACAUGCUUUUGUCUCGCCUAGGAGCCCUAGUGGAUUGCUGGAGACGGCAUCAAUUACCAGUGCCGUCAUUGGUGCCGGAGAACAUGCCAGAUUGUGAUUCAGGUGUUGCUGUUCCGUCAACUUCCUGUGUUUCUUCCCAGCCUGGGCAGGCAGUGGCAUCAUUGGUCAGUGUGGGGGUUACUCCUCAACCCGUGGAACAGUCCACGUUAUCAACAGGUAGGGAACAUCUGGGAACUCCGGGGCCACUGGGAUUGUCACACCUAGAGGGGGAACCUCUGGUCCAGGAGGCCCCCUUGGGGACUACAAUAGUUUCUGAUCCACAGGAGGCUCCUGUGCUCCAGCAGUUGAGCAAUGUUGUGAGGGGAGCAGCUGCCGAGGGGAGCCCUGUUGCACAGCAAGUGGGCACUACUGCCUCUGGAGCAAUGGAUGUGCAGCAGGGGGCUCCACUGGUUCGGCAGGAGGCUGCAACAGGGGCUGUAUCAGUACCCCAGCAGCCUACACAGAUGUCCCAGCCCGGCACACAGCAGAGUAUCAGUGCAGCCACACUUUCUCAGCCACAGUCCUUGGUAGGGUCAGCAAUAUUAAGCCCUCCGUUGCCCUCUCAGCAUUUGGCCCCCCCAAGAGCUUUAGCAGGGACUUGGCCUUGGGGGUGUGUCCAGGCCCCUGCAGCCCCUGCAGUGCUAUCACAGUUGUCUCAGGCUCCUGCCUAUUCUCAGGUGGCACCUCCCGUGCCUCAGGCUCCUGUCUUUUCGCCUACAGUACUACCAGCGCCACAUCAGCCUCUUUCCUAUUUUCAGGUAGCACCAUUGGUGACCCAGGCUUCUGCUAUGUCUAGCACUAUGGUUUCUUCAGUGCCCCAAACUUCUACCUAUUCUCAGGUAGCACCAAGGGGCCCUCAGGCACCUGCCCUUCCUGGAGCAGUGGCCCCGGCAGGAAUUUCUCCAUUGCCUCAGGUUGCACCAACGGUGCCCUAUGUGCCUGCCUUUAUGGUUACAAUGGCCUCUGCAGCAGCAUUAUCAGUGCCUCAGGCGCCUAUAUAUUCUCAGACGGUAUCGUCUGUGUCCCAGGCACCUCCUUAUGUAGGUGUUACGCCCUCAAUUUCUACAGCAACAGGCACACAACCAAGCUUAGUAGUAGGACCUGGGUCACUUUCUGUCGGAAAUGCUCUGGCAGCUCCAACAUCAACAGCUUUAUUAAGUGGCGCCACUGCACACACCAAGCCACCAGGAGAUCCUCAGCCAGGACAAUUGGUUUAUGGACAGAGCUUGAUGGGGCAACAGCCCACCUUGCAAGCCUACUCGGCUAUCCCACCAGGUGACCUGACUAUGGAGAUAGGAGAUCACCUUACUCAGGGAACCAUUGAUAAAAUCUUGAGAGGGGAGUAUGUUGAUAUAUUUUCAUUAUUACAUAGGGAAAUUGAGAAAAAAGAUUGGGAACUACUGGAUGACAAAGAAAGGCAAACGGUGAAGAGACGAAAAGUGGAUAGAACCUGGCGUAACUGGUUAGCAGGUUAUAUUACCUACAUGGGAGUCAUUGUUAGGGUCCAGCCAUGGCGGGCUUAUGCCCUGACCAAAUACUUAGACAUUAUACAGAAAGCUUACGCAGACUAUCAAGGCCCCGCAUGGCUCUCUUAUGAUGAGGCUUUCCGUUUGAAGGCAGCCUCCUUUCCUACUUUGCCAUGGGACAGGCCAUUUCCUGAGAUGUGGAUGAGGAUCAUGAACUCUGCCCGCCCCAUGCUAGGGGACAGGUCACACAGUGGCCAUUUGUUGGCAAAGACUAGUUUUUCCCCUAACAAUGCUAGCUUCAAACAAGGGGAGCAGAAUAAACACUGCUGGGAAUUUGGGAUUCAGGGCAGUUGCAAUAGAAAGAUGUGCCGAUUUAAGCACGAGUGUUCAUUGUGCAAAGGACCGCAUUCCUUUCGUAACUGUUCAAAAGGACGCGGCAACGCACAAGUUGUGGGUCAGUCAGGCAAAAGAAACCAAAGUAAUGCCCAGGGGUAUCAAGGAACCUCCCAAUUACCUUCUAAAGGGCCCCAGCCCAAUUAAAUUGGAAAACAUGAAGGGCUGGUUGGCUGAUUACCCAAAUCGUAUUGCUGCCAGUUAUUUGCUACUGGGUUUUUCUGAAGGUUUUCGAAUUCCAUUUCAUGGGGAUAGGCGACCUUUUAAGUCGGGUAACCUCCGGUCCAUUGUUGGAAUGGAGGAUACAGUUCGCCACAAGAUACAAAAAGAGGUUUGGGAAGGACGUGUGGUGGGUCCCUUUGAGACCCCCCCUGUUCCAAAUCUGAGGGUCUCACCAUUGGGAAUUGUGCCAAAGAAGGCCCCUGGAGACUUUCGCCUCAUACAUCACCUCUCAUUUCCCAAAGGGGAGUCUGUAAAUGAUGCCAUCCCAUCCGAAUUAUGUUCAGUGCGGUACACGUCAUUCGAUGACGCUGUUUUGAGAGUUAGAAGGCAGGGUCCUGGAGCAGAAUUAGCAAAAUGUGACAUUAAGUCAGCUUUUCGCCUGCUCCCGGUUCACCCUCAGGAUUUUGAGUUACUGGGGUUCUGUUUUGAAGGGGCAUACUAUAUGGACAGAGCCCUGCCUAUGGGUUGUUCUGUAUCCUGUAAUGCCUUCGAGCAAUUCAGUUCAUUCUUGGAGUGGGCUAUUAGAAAGAAAUCUGGCCUUUCAGGGGUAGCACACUACCUGGAUGACUUCCUGUUCAUCGGCAAAGCAGGAACAGGUCAGUGCAGAUACCUAAUGCAGCAAUUUCACCAAUUGGCUGAUCACUUCGGAGUCCCCCUGGCACACGAGAAAACUGAGGGGCCAGCCACGGUACUCACUUUUUUGGGGAUUGAAAUUGAUACAGUGGCUCAUAGCUGUCGACUGCCAUUGGAUAAGUUAGAAAACCUGAAAGGUAAGUUAAGUAGUUUUUUAGGUCGCCGUAAAGCGACACUCAGAGAAUUUCAAGAGCUCAUGGGGCAUCUUAAUUUCGCCUGUCGAGUGGUUGCUCCAGGUAGGGCCUUUUUGCGUCGUUUAUGUGAGGCUACGUGUGGCAUCACCAAGCCCCACCACAGAAUAGCUAUAUCUCGGGGCAUCCGAGACGACCUGAUUACUUGGGCAGACUUCUUAUACUCUUACAAUGGUGUCUCUUUUUGGAGACAUGACUUGCAGUUGCGUGAUGCUCUGAAGGUCUCGUCGGAUGCCUCUGGAUCUGUGGGCUUUGGAGUUUACUUUAAUGGCCAGUGGUGCACAGAACGUUGGCCAGUUCAGUGGUCCUCUGCAGGAGUAUUAUCUGAUUUAACCUUUUUGGAGUUUUUCCCUAUAGUAGUAGCUGUUUGGCUAUGGGCCUCUGACUUCGCCAACAGUACAGUUCACUUUUGGUGUGACAACGCAGCCACAGUUCAGGUCAUUAAUUCAAUGACAUCACGGUCACCAAGAACAAUGCAUUUGCUUCGGGCGUUUGUUUUGCAGUGCCUCCGGUACAAUAUUGUGUUUUUAGCUCAUCAUAUUGCGGGAGUAAAUAAUGGUAUAGCCGAUGCUCUCUCCCGCCAACAGAUGGAUCGUUUCAGGGAGCUCACUCCGCAAGCAUCUGUGACCCCCACAGUGAUGCCUUACAGCCUAUGGAGCCUUGGCGGGGUGAGGUUAACCGGGCCAUCGGAAUCACUCUAGCUAACAACACCAGAGUGGGUUAUCGUAAGUCUGAAGAGGAAUUUGAGUCCUUCCGGUCUACACAUGGCCUCGGCAAUCCUUGGCCUAUCCCGGUAGAGCACAUCCUUCAUUUCUGUGUUUUCUUGCACAACAAGAGUUUGGCCCCAGCCACAAUUAGGAAUAAAUUGUCUGCAUUGGCAUUUGCCUCCCAAGCUCAAGGGUACCCAAACCCAACCAAUAGUUUCAGGGUUCGUAAGAUAUUGGAAGGGUGGUCCCGGGAACGGGGCACAGUAAAAGAUACUAGGGCACCACUGGGGCCAGCAACCUUAAAAGGUUUGGCAAACGUUUGGCCUGGGAUUUGUCAUUCUCACUUUGAGGCCCUGCUGUUCCAUGCUACCGCUCUGACAGCUUUCUUUGGGGCCCUGCGGGUAAGCGAAUUAGUUGCAAGAUCAUGCAGAGAUGACUCAGGCCGGGCGCUGAUGAUGCAGGACCUGGAGUUAGGGGCAGAACAGGCAAUCUUGCACAUUCGCUUUUCCAAAACAGAUCAAAAGGGUAAGGGGACUAAAGUGCAGUUACUUACCUGUGCAGAUGAGACCUUGUGCCCAGUGAGAGCCCUGCAUCGAUACAUAGAGGUAAGGGGAAGAGACCCGGGAUUCCUUUUUAGGCAUGCGAACUCCCUCCCACUUACAAAAUAUCAAUUUUGGAAGGUUACAUCAAAGGCACUACAAGUUUUGGGCUUGGGUGGGGUCAAUUUUGGAACUCAUUCCUUUCGGAUUGGGGCAGCCUCUACGGCGGUGGCCAUGGGAUUUAAAGACCAAGACGUUCAGCGCAUUGGGAGAUGGCGCUCAAACGCAUAUAGGCGUUAUGUGCGAUCAUUCCCAACAACAAAUCAGUGAUUUUUUGACCUUUUAUUAGUUUACAGAUGCAGACCACUUCGCAGGCGUGUCCUCAUCUGUGGCCAUAGUUUGGUGUUCUGGGCGGAGAGACAUGCUCGACGAAGUUACCUUGGAACCCAGUUGGGUUUGAGUGACCAGGUUAUAGUUGAAUGGUGGGGUAGAAGAGGACUCCGAUGGGGGGGCCUUCUACCAAUGUUAUUCAAGGAGAGGCGGGGACCUCCUCCCGAGAUGUUAAUUGUACAUUUGGGGGGCAAUGAUUUGGGUCUAUUAAAGGGAAAGGCACUAAUUCUUCAAGCCCAGAAAGAUUUCAAUCUCAUUAGGCAACGGUGGCCUGGAGUUCUGAUUGCCUGGUCAGCACUGUUGCCACGACUACGGUGGCUAAGGGAUUGUGAUCCCAAGAAACUCGAUGUGGCCAGGAGAAAGGUCAAUCGGGAAAUGAAAACUGCCAUGGGGCGGAGUGGGGGCUGUUUAGUCCCGCACAGAGAAAUUGUGUUCAAACGGCCGGAGUUGUUUAGGGCCGAUGGAGUUCACCUCUCAGAUGAGGGGAAUGUUUUGUUUGUGAGCGAUUUGAAAGAGGGAAUAAAAGAUAUGUUGGCCAGCCUAGUGGGAAAAAGGGACAAGGCAGACGCCUGACCCUUUUAGUGGCAUGUUUAAGGUUAAAUAGGUAUGGUAGGCACCGUGGCACCCCCCCUUAGGGGUGAAGGGUGGACUCCCACAAAAGUCCCCAUAAGUUUUCAUAAAAUGGGAGCUACCCUUGGGGCUGGAUUGAGGGUUCUCACUCUUGAAAGACUCUGUGGUUUGGGAGAGAGCGCCCUCAGGAUGGCCUUCCAACUAUGAUCGGCCGAGGGUGCAGACUAAGAAUUUUGGUCGGCCUUCGGGAUCCUUGGUGCACGCAUGUCCUUGGAGGUGGUCAGAGGGAGUGACACCUGGACCCGGGACAAGGCUCACUAGGUGGCCAUUUACCCAUGAUUUAUGUUUUGGUGUUUUUACAGAUUUUCCCUCUACAGGUUAUUACCAGUUCUUUCAAUAAAUAGGUCAGAAAAUGGCCCUUUAGAUCCAUUUUCUUGUGUCUGGCUCUUUAUUUCAUGGUGGGAGUUCAAGCCCCACCCGCGGCCAAGCAAGCUUAAGGCGCGGGAGGGCAGUUUGAAAGACCCCAUGAAUGAGCCAGACUUGCUGAGGCUGGCUGGUUUGCCGGCCCAUCCAUGUGAGGGGGUGGAGCAACAAGUGGGAGGAGACUCCUCUGUCCCCCUCUUUCAGUUUCUUCCUGACUGCGUGACCCACCCCCCCCACCCUAUGGACAGUGUGAGUAUAGACUGGUCGCGCAAGGGCCGGGUAGGAAUUUUUCCCCCCCAAGUUUGCAUUGGGGGGUUUUUCGCCUACCCCACACUGUUUCAGAUGGGUGUGGGAAUUGGCUUUGAGGUGGCGUCAUAUAAAUAGGUUUUCUUGAAUAUAUAAUAAGAUUCCAAGGCAUGUUUAAGGUUAAAUAGGUAUGGUAGGCACCGUGGCACCCCCCCUUAGGGGUGAAGGGUGGACUCCCACAAAAGUCCCCAUAAGUUUUCAUAAAAUGGGAGCUACCCUUGGGGCUGGAUUGAGGGUUCUCACUCUUGAAAGACUCUGUGGUUUGGGAGAGAGCGCCCUCAGGAUGGCCUUCCAACUAUGAUCGGCCGAGGGUGCAGACUAAGAAUUUUGGUCGGCCUUCGGGAUCCUUGGUGCACGCAUGUCCUUGGAGGUGGUCAGAGGGAGUGACACCUGGACCCGGGACAAGGCUCACUAGGUGGCCAUUUACCCAUGAUUUAUGUUUUGGUGUUUUUACAGAUUUUCCCUCUACAGGUUAUUACCAGUUCUUUCAAUAAAUAGGUCAGAAAAUGGCCCUUUAGAUCCA